AUCGCAACUCAACACCCACCCAGUGAUCCUCUGUCCACGGUAUAUCCUUCCUUUUGGUAUCGCCAGUUGAUCAUCGCUACGGCAUCUUCGUCGGCCGAAUUGGCACUCGAUCGCGGUGUCUUCUCUGUGGCUGACUGGACUGACGGUUCGGCGGUGAUCGAGAUCCCCCUCUUUCAUGCCAGUCUAGCCACUGAUGCCGGCCGUCAACCCCCCAUUAUAUCUUCAGAGUCCGGAUUCGUCAAGAUGGAGGACCGGAAGAGGCCUGCCGCAGAGAACAAUGAGUCGGCCCCACCUUUGAAGAAGCAGGCGACCAGCGUCAACGGUGGGAGCAAACCUCACCCAGAUGCGGAUAUGCCAUGGAGAGAUGAUUUGGAGCGGUUUCAGAAAGAUGCGAUCCUUCGUCAAAUGCAAGAAUACAAGCGCGAGAAGGCUGGAUUGGAAGCGACUUUGGAUCGGAUGGCCAAAGCUGCUGCCCACCAUGACAAUCACCUUCGCGCUAUCGAUGCUUGGUUUCGUCAGUUGAUCGAUGAGGUGAAGACAAUCCUAGGAUCUUCGCAAGAAUCUAUCAAAGAACCCGUCUUUAAGAGCUCGCUUCAAUUCGAGGAUGUGGACCAAUUUGAGAGCCAUUUAAAAUCGAGGACAGAAGAUAUUCGCGAAAUUAUCUCAUAUUUUCACUCGAAAAUGGCCAAUCUGUCACCAGACAUCACCCAGCUACAGGAUCAGUUAGCAAAGAAGCUGGCAGAGGAGAAAGCGACGAUUGCCAAAUUGGAACAAACCGUUACCGAAAAGCAACAACUCGAAGAAAGUCUGGAAGCAGCCUCGCUUCGGUAUAUGGUGGCGGAAAAGAAGCUCGAUCGGGCACGCAGCAUAACUGUUGCCAAAUUAGAGAAACAGAUGCUUGGUGGACAGCGACCAAGCUCGGAGGGCGCGCAGACCAAGCGCGAAGAAUCGUCUCCAGCCAACGGUGGAACCCCCGUAGGAGAGCGCAGUGCCGAGUUGGAGGAGACUAACAAUAAGCUCAACGCGGUAUCCGAGAAGCAAAAGGAACAGUUGCAGAAGUUGGAGGCUGAGAACGCGAAUCUGCUCCGACAGAUUACCGAAAUUAAGACUAAGUCCUCGAAACUUACCGACGAUGACUAUGCUCAUACCGAUCUUUUCAAACAACUCCGAUCCCAAUACGACGAUGUGGUGAAGCGCAUCAACCAUUUGGAGGCAACGAAUGUCCAACUGCGCGAGGAAGCCGAGAAGUAUCGCUCAGAAAGGAAUGCAUACAAAUUGCAAUUGGAGGAGGAGUCGAACGCCACGAUCGCGGAGAAGGAGGCGGCGCUCAUGAGGGCUGAGAGUGACUUGGCACGGAUACGGAACACUCGCGAUGAACUCUUUGCCGAUCAGCAAAUACGCAAGAAUGCUCAGGACCAAGAAAAAACUGCCGCCGCGAAGUUGCAGGAGUUGGCAGAUGCCCGAGAAGCCCGUAUUGCAGCCUUGGAGUCUGAGAUCGAGAGAUUGCGGUUGCAGAUUGAGGGGUCCAAGACGGCGGAGAAUGUGGUCGACAUACCGCUUGAAGAACUUCGUUCCAAGUACACGAGCCUCGAACGCCAGUAUUCCAUGCUCAAUACUGAGCUGGCCUCUAUGCAAACGGCAUACAAGAAGUUCUCGACCCUUGCCUCACAGAAAGUAACUGAUUUCGGUGCUCUGGAAGAGAAGGUGGCCAGACUGACGGCGGAGAAGUCCAAGGCUGACCAGAAGUAUUUCGCUGCCAUGAAGAGCAAGGAGGCCCGGGAUGUGGAGGUUCGCACACUUCGAAUGCAGAACUCGAAGACUUCCGAUAUUGUCUCGCAGUUGAAGGAGUCCGAAGCUGCGACAAGAUCUCUGAUCUCCAACAUGGAUAAGCAAGUCAGCGAAACCAAGGAGGCAUUGAAUUCUGCGCUGGAAAAGCACCGGGUGACCCAGCAACAGUUGACCGAAAGCAACAUCGUGGUGGAGGGUCUGAGGAAUCAAGUGACGGAGUUGAAGAACAUCUCAACCUCAAAGGACGCAACCCUGGGCCACACGUCGACUGCCUUGCGUCAAGCCGAGACUGAGAUCGCAGGCUUGAAGCAAACUCUCUCAGAUACGAAGAAGAGCCUGGAUAACUGGAAGAACAAGAGUCUUGGCAACAACUCCUCUGAGUAUGAGAUGCUGCGGACACUUGCACUAUGCACGGUUUGCCGCCGCAACUUCAAGAAUACGGUCAUUAAAACAUGCGGUCACGUCUUCUGCAAGGACUGUGUCGAGGAGCGUCUCACCUCUCGAUCUCGCAAAUGUCCUAACUGCAACCGGUCUUUUGGCAGCAACGACCACAUGCACAUCACCUUGUGAUCUUUCUACCUUUCCCCUCAAAAUUCUCUUCUUGUAUUAUACCAACUCUUUUUGUUCUCUACCUCUUCUUUUUCCCCCCCCCUCUUCACCCUACCCUUCUUUUAGUGGUCACUUUCUGACAGGUCCAUGGUGCGGUGUUUGGAGGCUGGUUUUUAGCAGGACAAGGCUGGAGAUGGCGUUUGAUGAGUUCUAUGCUCUGGUACUCAGACCCAGGGUACUUAUGUUUCUGUUCAUGCGAUCGCAUUCUGGUCGACGCAUAUGGUGGAUUUUUUUCGUUUCUCUUUUCUGCUUCUUUCCCUGUGGCGCUGGGGCGCUGGCUGUGCUCUCUUUGGAUACCCCGUUUCCCGAGAGGCGCACUGUGUUUCUGUUUCCUCGGCUUGUGAAUCUAGAUAUCUUGUGACAUGUAGGAAUACUACGUCUAGCGGAGGCAAAUGGGAAAUGAUGAAUGC